CCGACUACCAGGCCUUCCCCGGGCCAGCGCCAUGGCCGCCGAGAACAGCAAGCAGUUUUGGAAGAGGAGCGCCAAGCUGCCGGGGAGUAUCCAGCCUGUGUAUGGAGCACAACACCCUCCUCUGGACCCUCGACUCAGCAAAAAUUUCCUUAAAGAACGGUCCAAAGUGAACACGGUCCCUCUGAAGAGUAAGAAGGCCUCCAGUUUCCACGAGUUUGCCCGGAACACCAGCGACGCUUGGGACAUCGGCGACGACGAGGAAGAGGACUUUUCCUCCUCUACUUUCCAAACUCUGAACUCAAAAGUUGCCUUGGCAACUGCAGCCCAAGUCCUGGAAAACCACAGCAAGCUUCGGGCAAAGCCGGAGCGGUCCCAGUCCACGACGUCCGAGGUCCCCGCCAGCUACAAGGUCAUAAAGUCCAGCAGCGACGCCCAGCUCUCCAGGAACUCCAGUGACACAUGCCUGAGGAACCCACUCCACAAACAGCAGUCGCUCCCUCUCCGACCCAUCAUCCCCCUGGUCGCCCGGAUCUCGGACCAGAAUGCUUCCGGAGCGCCCCCCAUGACGGUGCGGGAGAAAACGCGCCUGGAAAAGUUCCGCCAGCUCCUCUCCAGCCACAGCACCGACUUAGAUGAACUGAGGAAGUGCAGCUGGCCGGGGGUGCCCAGGGAGGUCCGACCUGUGACCUGGAGACUCCUGUCGGGCUACCUCCCAGCGAACACGGAGAGGCGGAAGCUGACCCUGCAGCGGAAGCGGGAGGAGUAUUUCGGCUUCAUCGAGCAGUAUUACGACUCCCGGAAUGAGGAGCAUCACCAGGACACCUACAGACAGAUUCACAUUGACAUUCCAAGGACGAACCCUCUCAUUCCGCUGUUCCAGCAGCCGCUCGUACAGGAGAUCUUUGAAAGAAUUCUGUUUAUCUGGGCCAUCCGCCACCCUGCCAGUGGGUACGUCCAGGGAAUUAAUGACCUGGUCACUCCGUUCUUUGUCGUCUUCCUCUCAGAAUAUGUGGAGGAGGACGUGGAGAACUUCGACGUGACCAACUUGUCUCAGGACAUGCUGCGAAGCAUUGAGGCCGACAGCUUCUGGUGCAUGAGCAAGCUGCUGGACGGGAUCCAGGAUAACUACACCUUCGCACAGCCGGGGAUCCAGAAGAAGGUCAAGGCGCUGGAGGAGCUCGUGAGCCGGAUCGAUGAGCAGGUACACAAUCACUUCAGGAGGUACGAGGUGGAGUACCUGCAGUUCGCCUUCCGGUGGAUGAACAACCUGCUCAUGCGGGAGCUGCCCCUGCGCUGCACCAUCCGCCUGUGGGACACCUACCAGUCUGAGCCAGAGGGGUUCUCCCACUUCCACCUCUACGUGUGCGCAGCCUUCCUGAUCAAGUGGAGGAAGGAGAUCCUGGACGAGGAGGACUUUCAGGGCCUCCUGAUGCUGCUGCAGAACCUCCCUACGAUCCACUGGGGCAACGAGGAGAUCGGGCUGCUGCUGGCCGAGGCCUACAGACUCAAGUACAUGUUUGCCGACGCCCCCAAUCACUACCGCCGAUAGGUGCUGUCUCCCCGGGGCCCGGCCGCCCCGUCUCGGAGGAGGGUGACCUGAGCGCUGCGGCCGCCACGAGCCUCAGGCCCGCCAGGAUUCCCUCCCGCUGUACAAAGCUCCCCGCCGCCCGCGCUGAAGCUGGCGGCCACCACUCAUGUCCGUGGCCGCGUCUCGGGCCCCUGUCAGUAUUCCGCGCCGUGUGCCUGGGCCCAGCUCCGGGAGAGGACGGAUAAGGAGGUACAGGGUCGUCCCCACUUCCAUCGUCCCCCAUGAACUGCUGUCUCUUACCGCCAGGCCCCUUUUUCUUUUUCUCUUUUUCCUUUUAAACCGGAAAAACCGACAGAAGGUUCCCAUGCCGAAGGCAUCGGGGUAUUAGGCUCUGCUCCAGUUGGCUUUUGUGACUCAGUUCUGCUGAGCCCAGGUCAGCUAUGCCUUACGUUUUCGGAAGCCCGGCCGGCUGUCGGGGACAGCCGUGGCCACCCUGCUCUUCCGGGUGCGGGAGGCCCACGCUCCCGGCCCGGGGAAGACGCCGGCACAAGGGCUAGAGACCUCCCCGUUCUCUCCCGGUACCUGUGUGCGCAUGCGUGGUCGGCCCUCGCGGGUCCCAGCGUGCGCGUCCACACUGGCCUGGCCUGGCGUGACCACGCGGACGAGUGUCCCUUGAGAAGGAUUAGGGCGGGGAGGGAGAAGGGGCUUUGCAGCUCUCCAAACCCUUUUUCCACGAUGACCCACUCCAAGACAUUAUGUGUAAAUUGUGUUAUUAUGUAUAUGGGUAAAGCUGUACAAAUAUACGUCCUCUUUGUAGCAGAUAUGAGUUUAUAUUUAUAAGGUGCAUCCGCGGGUGAAUGCAGCCUACGUCCCUGGCGCAGGCGCAGCUGCCGGGUUGGUUUCUGGGCGCCCCUCUGGCCUGAGUCCCAGCGUCAGGGGCCAGGGUCGCAGACACUGUUGCCCCCCACCUCCUGCCCACCCCGCGGCAGAGCCGCUGCCUUCCCCUGGAGUGGAUGUGCGUUUGGCCAGAAGCUGUGGCCAGUUCGUCAGUGCCAAGGGCAGGGUUCCCGUGGUCUGGGGCCUGGGGCUCCUCCCAGGCAGUGGCAUUAAGUGUCCUCUGCUGUCACCAUCACACCCCGCGCAGCUCACGCGAUGUGACCCAUGUCCCAUUGUUGGUGUCUGGGGGGAUGUGGGGGAUGGGGGCUCGCAGCUGUCGCCCUCCUGGGGAGCCCACAGUGUCCCCGUGGGCACCCCCUGCACCCCGCCCACGUGCGUUACCCUCCCUCCCGCCUGCACCUUCCCCUCCACAGCUCGUGGCCCUGGCCUCGGCCGGGCUACAAAGAUGGACACUUGUGUUCCCAAGUGGUGGUUUUAUUUUUUUAGUUUUUAUGUUUGUAUGGGAAAUUGUGGAUAAAGUGAACAUCUGUAAAUAAAUAGUGUAUUUCCUCCUCC